UGUGGAGGAAGAUGGCGGCCGCCUGGGAGUUGUCCCUAACGGCCGCCGCGCUGAGAGCGGUAACGCUUUGGCCGAGGGGCAGGCUCCUCUCGGCCUCCCAGGGACUUCAGGCGCGUCGGGAAACUUCGUCCUCCAACCCCGAGGCUGGCGAAGGGCAGAUCCGCCUCACGGACAGCUGCGUCCAGAGGCUUCUGGAAAUCACCGAAGGGUCAGAAUUCCUCAGGCUGCAGGUGGAGGGAGGUGGAUGCUCCGGAUUCCAAUACAAAUUUUCGCUGGAUACGGUUAUCAACCCCGACGACAGGGUAUUUGAGCAGGGUGGGGCAAGAGUGGUGGUGGACUCUGAUAGUUUGGCCUUCGUGAAAGGGGCCCAGGUGGACUUCAGCCAAGAACUGAUCCGAAGCUCAUUUCAAGUGUUGAACAAUCCUCAAGCACAGCAAGGCUGCUCCUGUGGGUCAUCCUUCUCUGUCAAACUUUGAUGUGAUGACAGAUGACCCUGAGACUGCUAUCAGUUGUACAAAUUUGAGGAACCUGGGAUUAUUAGAAUUCUAGAGGUUUCCCUCUAAUCAUGUCCCUUGCUCAAUUUUAUUUCCCUCAAUCUGGGAGUGUUGUGUUUUUAGUUGCCACUAUUAUUUUCAGAAUGUGAAGCUUUUAUUCUUAACCUAAUUCCCCAGCCCCCAUGCUAAGGCCAAGCCUCCCACAUGCUGUUACCUCAGAUUCAAUCACUUUUUGAAACCAAGAAUAAUCUAUAGAAUCUCCAAGGUUCCAAAAUUUGGAAUUACUUCUUUGGCCUUCAGAGGUACUUGCACAUAUGUGUAUUACUAUGUAUAAAAUCUUCAUUUGAAAGAAAGACCUUAUUGUGUUUUGGAUCAGGGUCACAGAUUGGAUAGCUUGAACAUGUUACUAGGCCCAAGAGGAUGAGAAAGGCAAAUGAAAUGUUCUCUUUUUCAUUUCACCCUUUCUGAAUGUGCCACUUGACUUAUUUUCUAUGCAGCCUUUUCUCUACCUCCCGUUUUAUAGAGCAGAUGCGUUUUACUCUCAUACUCCUGGAUCUGCUAGAAUCCAGAAAACUUGGAUUAAACCCUUACUGAUACCUGAAUUAUUUCAAAAAUAGCCUCCCUACUCCAUACUCAUACAGACAUUUCAAGAUUCUGUGACCAUUUAAUGACUGAAUCUUUUUAGGGUAUAUUACUUCACUUACCUUAUGGUGUAAAACGUCUCUGGUCUCAUGCAUAGCAGGAAGUGGUCCCUUUGUUGGUAUAGAUAAUAGAUACUUAGGGAUCUUUGUUUUAGAUUGGUUUACCAGAUGAAGUUCAGGAUGCCCAGUUAUUAAAUUUGAAUUUUAGAUAAUCAACGAAUAAUUUUUUUAGUAUGUCUCAAAUACAUGGGACAUAUUUAUGCUAAAAAUUAUUUGUUUAUCUGAAAUUCAAAUUUAACUGAGUGUCUUAUAUUUUUGUUUGCUCAACCUGUCAACCCUACUUUAAGGUCACUGAAAAAACUUUUAAACCAUAAAUUCCAGUGAAUUUUAAAGUACUUCAUUAGAUGUGGCAUUUAAAUAUGCACGAAGCUUGUAAUAAUUGUAUUACAGUGCUGGGGGGCCCAGACCUGUAUGGACAGACAACUAAAAAAAAAGAAAUCAUCAACCACCACCACUACAACAAAUGAUUUAUUAAUACUAAUGUUGGGGAAACCACAACCAAUUGAUUCUCAGUUAUUAGUUAAAUCCAUCUUUUGCUUGGGAGCUUAAAAGUUUGUUACAGCAAAGACUUGCAUUUCUGGACCGGCUUGGAAUUAAGAUCAUCUAGUAAGAGAAUUUACCAUUAAAAAAAUGGAAAUAGAAUUUAGAAAUAGAAAGUAUCUGAGACAGAACUCAGAUGCUUAUUUGCGGGUACUUCAAAAAGUUCAUGGAAAGAUUUGUAUUUUCUUUUAACUAUUUUUCCAUGAACUUUUGAAGUACCCUUGUAUUUCCAAUGUGGGAAGACCUAGGAUUUAGAGAAAACAAACCUAUCAUGUGGUUAGAGGAAAGAAGGGGACACUCAGAAACCUGAGCAGAUUUUUUAGCUGCCUGUGGAAGGAGGCAGAAAGCAGCAUACUGUGAAAGCAUCUGUGUACAUACAUUACUAAGACAUUAAAAGUUGCUGCCAAUACCUGGGCCUAAUAAAAUUUAUAGUUCAGACUACCUAACUCCUUUCAUCCUCCUUACAAAGAGAUUUUAAACGUUAGACCCUAUUCCUCUGGAAUAUUUUUGUGGGUUAUUUACUGAUUUGGUGGGUUUAAAACUGCUGAGCACAAGCAAAAUAGCUUUAGUUACUAAAUAAAUAAACCAUCAAAUUGCAGUGGUCAACUAGGCAGAAACAGGGUACCUUAGAAUGCAGAAGCCUAUAUGUGAGUACCAACUGUUAUGGGAGAAUUGGUAUUUGUGUUUAGAAAAAGGUGGAUUUGGGAGAAAUCAUCUUUACACUAAGAAGACUUCAUGGGUAGAUCAGAAGUGGUAGUCUCUGAUGGAGGAGGAUGAUUUAAGAACAUAGAGCACAGAGGAAUGAUUGCACCAGGGGGACACUGGGCAGUUUGCUUGGAAUAGACAGAAUGCCUGGUAAAACAAGUCUAGGAUCUUAUGCAGGCCCUUUCUGACAGAUGCCCUCUGCCUGGCAGGCCAUAAAGUCUAGUGGACAUUUUUACAAAUUUUGCUCACUGAAAAUUCAUUCAGGACAACUAUAUUCUUCCCGUAUUAACUGGAAGAUCUUUUGUCUUCUCAUUACUUUGGAGAGGAGGUUGUCACAAGGCCUUGUUUGUUGCAGAACUGGCUUUAUUACACUUUUCAUGCAAGCCAGUGCCUGGAGCAUCAGCCCCACCUUUUCUUUAGCAACAACCAUAACAGUGCAAGAACCAAAGGCAAGGGAGUCCUGAAUCUGCCUUAUGUUGUGAGUCAGCCUUAUGCGGUUGGUUCAGAGAGGGACUUCUUGGUCAAUGGCCAGAUCUUAUCUUAUUGUGGAAUCACACUCCAGUUAUGUGAUGAUAGAAACUAGUAGUAUGUAAACUAUAUGUGUCCCACCCACCCUUAGUUUCUUUGUGUGGGAAUUUGACUGAUAACAGGGGUUUAAAAGAAAAUCUAUUCAGAAGUGAGAGAUUAGUAAGGACUACUAAAGUAGGUGUCCAGGAAGAUACUCUUCUAUCUCUAAAUUACUUCUGAGAAUUGAUCCCUGUUCUUUUUGUCUUUUGUUAUAAAACAUCAGAGUGGAGGGCUGACAUUAUAUACCAGGAGCAACCUGGUAUAGUGAAGUGAGUGGCACUAACCAUGAUGGUAUAGCCCUCCCUUGAACUCUGGCCCUGAGCUAAUGUGCAGCUGGCCUUGGACAGGGCUUAACACUAUUAACACUUAAACAUAGCAGUUUUGCAUGUUUGUCUGAAAGACAAGGAAAGUCCUCUGUUUUCUUCGUAUCUAGCAUUUAUGUUUAUGAUUUUUAUUAUUUUUCUGUUCUGUUUUUUUGGGGGGUGGCUGGCAGUUACGGAGAUCCGAACUCUUAAAGUUGGUGUUAUAAUACCGUUCUCUAACCAACUAAGCUAACCGGCCAUUCUUUCUUCAUAAAAAUGUCACAGGGCUGUUUAACAGAAUUUUGCUUUAAGAAAUUUUGAAAUGGGCCGGCCUGUGGUUCAGUUGGGAGAGUGUGGUGCUGAUAACACCAAGGCCAAGGGUUCAGAUCCCUAUAUAGGGAUGGCUGGUUAGCUCACUUGGGAGAGUGUGGUGCUGACAACACCAAUUCAAGGGUUAAGAUCCCCUUACCGGUCAUCUUUUUUAAAAAAAAAAGAAAAAUUUUUUGAAUAAUUAUCACUUGGUUUAAUUGUAAAUUAUAGUUAAAUAAAUAUAUAGAAAAGCAGAAGCAUUUAAGCAGUCUGUGGCCAGCAGCUGUAUUUUAAAAUAUUUUAUUUUUUUGAAUAAGUAAUACAUAUGGUACAAAAUUUUAAAAGAUACAGAAAGAUACAGUGCAAAGUCUCCCAAUACUGUACCUAUCCACCCUGUCACUCUCCCCACAAACCACCACUGUUUCUAAGAAUUUAUCCCACAGAUAAACUACGAAAUAACAUAUGCACAAGAAUAUUCAUUACAGUAUUAUUUAUAAUAGCAAAAGAUAGGAUACAAUGGAAAUGUCUGUCAUUGAGGGUCUGAUUAAAUAAAUUAUGGUUUAUCCAUUCGAUGGGAUAAUAUACAGCUAUGAAAUAGAAUGAGGCAGCUCUUUGUGUACAAGUAUAAAGUGAAAAGCAAAGCGCAGAAUAGCGUGCAUACUAUGCUAUUUGUGUUUUUAAUAAAAGGAAAUAUGUGUAUAUGCAUGCAAUAUCUCUGGGAGGAUGAGCAGGAAGGUGAGGGUUGUGGGGAGGUGGGCAAGUGGGAACAGCAUUUAAGAAGGCACAGUGCCAGCAGGGUAUAUUUGGGGAAUGGUAAAAAAUUCUCUGAUGGGGUAUAAUGUGGAGUGGCAAGGAUGAUGUUGACAGAUAUUCACUUCUCUUUCCCCUUUGUUUAGACAAAUAGCAGCAUAUGUUGCAUGCUGUUAUACAACCUCCCUUCAUCUAUUUAAGACAUCAAGGAUUUUAGAGCCAUUUUUUCUUAGGGUUCCAUAGCAAUUAAUUGUUUCUAAUCUUUUGCUAUUACAAAUAAUGUUGUAAUAAAUAACCUUUUACAUACAUCAUUUCACAUUUGGUGAGAAUGUGUGUGAAGGUUAAGUUCCUAGAAGCUGAAUUAUUAGGCCAAAGCUUUAGUACUUUUAUAAUUUUGAAAGACUGCCAUAUUGUCCUCUUCAGAGAUUGUACCAACAUAUACUCCUAUCAGCUGUUAUGAGAGUGCUUACUUCCCCAGAUGUUUGCCAACCAGGAGUCUUAACAAACUUUUUGAUCUUGGCCAAUCUGACAAUUAAAAAAAAAUACCUCUGUGUGGUUUUAAGUUGCAUUUCUUUUAUUACGAAUGAAAGAAUAUUUCAAUAUGAGCCACUUAUUUUUGUCUGCUGAGAACCCCUCAACUAAUAUAGUGACCUAGAGCAAAUUAUUUAAGCUUUCUGUGUCUCAUUUUCCUCACCUACAAAUUGGGAAUAAAAAUAGUAAG